AUGAGUUAUGGUCAAGUUAUGACAAUGAAUGUUAUAUUUCAUCAAGUUUGUUCAAGUGAUUUCGUGAGUGAUCUGUGGCUUAAUUUUUUGUUUAGCAACAGCUAUUGGUUUGUUUAUGAAAGAGCUGACAUUCGCGUACGUGGCUCGGCAUAUUUCAAUUUUCUAUCAACAUUGUGCAAGCUUGCAACAACAAUUAUUCAAAAUGCUAUUUGGCAGUUUCUUUCAGAACAAUUUAUAAAUGUUAAUUUGAUACCCGAAAGUUUGUUCCACAUGCAGAUGACUGUGGCUAUUAACGAAUUUCUUAGACUCAAUCCUGCUCGAUUAGCUCAUAUUUUAGAACUUUCACAAGGCAUUGUACACGGGAAUACUUUUGUAUCCAGUUAUUUAUUGAAUUGGCAUUGGUCAUUAUAUAAUAAUAAUAGAAAUCAAACCAUGACUCGAGCACAUGCCAUAACAUUGAAUAAUUCAUGUUCGUGUGGAACACGAAGAUAUUGUGUUCAACCUGGAGGUAUUUAUUCCUCAACUAUGAAUAAUUCAUAUUGGAUGAUGCCUGGACUCAAUAUAGGCUGUUCAGUUGUUGAAACAUUGUUACGUUCAACACUCGAAUGUUUGUACAAUCAAACAUGCAUUGAUCUAUUACAAUUAUAUAUUGGCAGAAUUCCAACACUUUUCCCAAAUAUCAUCAAUUUAACAGCUAUGGAUCCUAUGUUACCAAGCCGUUUUAUGACGAACAUUACGAUUCAUGAUCUUGCCAAUGAGCUCUUUAUUGAGGAAGUUCAAUAUCAGACGUCCUAUUUGCAAUUCUAUGAAAAAUGUGCUCCAAACUAUUGCUCGUACAUAUUCGAAAAACGGAGCAAUUUUUUAAUCAUUAUUUCACAAAUUUUAGCUCUAUGGGGUGGACUCACUCUAAGCUUCGGAUUUCUUGCUCCAUGUAUUGUUCAAUUAUUAUUCAAAAUCAAUGUUUACCGUCAAAAUAACAGAGUUAAUAUCGUCGCUUAA